AGUGAUCAGCCUCAAGAGAAUGGCUUCUUUUUCAGUACUUCUGCUUCUGGCUUUGUUUUUCAAACAAACCCUGUGCCUGCCAACAUCCAGGGUUAUUGAAAUCGAUGUUGAUGGUGGACGGGAUCAAGACAUUUUUGACAUAAAUGAAGCAUUAGGACUGGAUCUUGUAGAGGGUGAUAUUCUUAUUGACCACACACAGGAGAGAAACUCUAUUUUAGGUGAUGAGUACCGGUGGCCAACAACUAUUCCAUACUAUCUGGAAGACACCCUAGAUAUUAAUGCAAAAGGAGUUAUCUUGAAGGCCUUUGAACAAUAUCGGCUUAAAACGUGCAUUGACUAUAAACCCUGGGAGGGGGAACCAAAUUACAUUGCAGUCUUUAAAGGCAAUGGGUGCUUUUCUUCGGUGGGAAACCGUCGUGUUGGAAAACAAAGCUUAUCAAUUGGAAAUGGAUGUGACCGAAUAGCCACUAUUGAACAUGAAUUUCUCCACGCACUUGGAUUCUGGCAUGAGCAGUCAAGAGCUGACCGAGAUGACUAUGUAACAAUUAUGUGGGAUCGAAUUUCAGAGGGUAAAGAGCACAACUUUAAUAAGUACAGCGACAAAGUGUCCAGCUCCUUGAAUGUACCUUAUGACUACAACUCGAUGAUGCACUACAGCAAAACUGCAUUUAAGAAUGGAACAGAGUCAACAAUAGUCACCAGAAUACCGGAGUUCAUCGACGUGAUUGGCCAACGCAUGGAGUUCAGUGACAGUGACCUUCUGAAGGUCAACAGAUUGUACAACUGCUCAUCUUCGCUAACUUUUAUGGAACACUGCAGUUUUGAGCUGGAAAAUAUCUGUGGUAUGAUCCAAGGAUCAGGUGGUAAUGCUAACUGGCAACAUGUGAUGCAAGUCAAUGGUGGACCUAUGAUCGAUUACACAACCAUGGGGAAGUGUGAAGGUACAGGGUACUUCAUGCACUUCAGUACCGCUACAGGGAUGGCAGGACACAAAGCAUAUUUGGAAAGCAGAAUUUUGUAUCCAAAACGAGGUUUCCAGUGUUUGCAGUUCUUCUACUACAACAGCGGAAAUCCAAACGAUGAACUUAAUAUCUGGGUUAGAGAGUAUGAUGAAAUGAAUCCUGAGGGUAAAUUAAGGCACAUGGGAGGUAUAAAAGGGGAGCCUCAGGACUAUUGGCAGUUUCAUCAUUUAAGUCUCAAUGUCUCCAAGAAGUUCCGGGUGGUAUUUCAAGGAAUUAAAGGAGCCGGUGUUUCCAAUGGGGGCUUCUCAAUUGAUGACAUCAACCUCUCUGAGACAAAGUGUCCCUCUCAUAUUUGGCACAUAAAAAAUUUUACACAUCUUUUAGCAACUAGUCCUUCUGGAGCAGGUGGCAGGAUUUAUAGUCCUAGGUUCCACUCCAGUGAGGGAUAUGCUUUUCAGAUUGGUUUAUACGUGAAUGGUGACGACAAUAAUCCAGGUGAACUGGCAAUAUACUUUCACCUGGCAUCCGGAUUGAAGGAUGACCGCUUGCAAUGGCCAUGUCCCUGGAAGCAAAUCACAGGGCUGCUCUUAGACCAAAACCCGGACAUUCGUCGGCAAAUGUCAAAUCAAAGAAGUGUAACUACGGACCCCACAUUGUUUGAAACAGAGGCGGAUGGCAGCAAAACAUAUUUUUGGGAUGAUCCCCAGAAAGUAGGAACCCUUGUUCAGGAUCCGGAUGGCACGUCAUAUCACAGAGGGCCAGGAAAAGGCACAAGUGUCUUUCUAACUCAUGACAGACUGAGGAGCAGAAACUUCAUUAAAGGAGAUGAUGUCAUUUUUCUCUUAACAAUGGAAGAUAUUUCAAGACUUACUGCUACUCAGCCACUUCCACCUACCACAACUGUGCCAAAUACAACUCCACCAAAUACAACUCCACCAAAUACAACUCCACCCGCAAGUGAACUAUGCAAGACCUUUGGUUGUGAGAAUGAUGGGGUUUGUGUGGUGGAGAAGGGGAAACCUGUUUGUAGAUGUGCAGUGGGUAAAGACUGGUGGUUUAUGGGAGAGAAAUGUCAGAAAAAAGGAAAAUCAGAGGACACUGUCAUAGCAGCAGUUUCUGCAUCUGUUGCUGUCUUUGCUGCAAUGUUAUUAGUCACAGUUACUAGUGUAUACUGUGUGAAGAAGAAAUUACUAAAGAAAAUGGAGAGACAAACCCCAGGAAUCGUAAUGGGUAAUACCAAUGCAUUUUGAAGACGACAUUUGCUGCAUUUGAAAUAGACAAAAAAAGGUUUAGAUUUUUACAGUCCGGCAAACACAAGUGAUGAAAUCUGCACAUUUUGAUGAGGAUUCCAGGUUUAUCUAGAUCUUAGUUUUAGACUAGAUUAUGAAAUGGUUAAAUGAAAAUGAAUGGUUAAAAUGAUUUAUACUGGAUUUUUGAAACCAAUGUCUUUUUAAUAAAAAUGUAUUAAACUUGUUGAAACA